GAAUAGAUAUGGAGAAAGGAAGAGAAGGAGGAAUGUGGCUUGGAUUUUCAUCAAAUAAACAAAAACAUGGAAAACACAUUCAUUGUUUCUCUGCACUUCUGAAUUUAUCUGGGGAAACAACGAAGAAUGCUUCUGGAAGAGGCUCAAUCGUUAAAGACUAUUUGGAAGGUCCCAAAGAUUUUCCUCAGUAUGUGAAACGAUUAGGAGAAAACAUAUUCAAUGGAUUCAAUUUGGUUGGAGUUGAACUAAGUGAAAACGAUCUGAAAACCUUCCACUACAGUAAUAAUCCAAAAAUUGAUUGUGUUUAUUCGGGAAAACAUACGUUAGCAUUUGGGAACAACCCCCCGUACAAUCCUUCACAAAAAGUAUUAAGAGGAAGGAGAAAGUUCAUUGAAAUAAUAGAGAAAAAUUUCGAUGAGAAGUCUCUAGAGGAAGAAUUGAUAAAACUAUUGAAGGAUACCACGAGGAACUUACCAGAUUUGGAAUUACAGAAAAAAUACCCGAAAGAUUAUGAAUCGUUGAGCUCAAUAUAUGUUGAAAUGGGUCAAAAAGGAUAUGGAACUAGGACACACAGUGUGAUACUAAUAAACAAGAAUUGGAAUCUAACAUUUAUCGAAUAUACUAUGGUAGAGCCCAUUGAUACAAGUAAUCCCAAAUGGAAAGUCACUCGAAUUAAUUCAAAACUUAGUAGUUAAGUUAAGUAGUUAAGAUUUUAAUGUAAUAAAUAAAUGUUUACAGUAAAAGGGGUAUAUUUUUAGAAUAUAUUAAUUUUUUAAAAAGAAA